AUGUCUCAUUUGGACCUAACCGGUUGCAAGAAGAGAAAAAGAGGAGAGAGGGUUUUUAAGUUCAAGAGCUUUGGGGAGCAUGGCUACCCGGCCGAAUUCGUGGGGGCCUUCAGAGAAAAUGUGAAGGGGUUGCUUGAAUUUGGGCAUUUGGAGAACAAUUUGUGCGCUACCGGCAUGCCAUGUUGGUCCUUUCAGCUAGAAGUUCAUCGCCACCCUCCCCUUCAUCUCCUCCUCUUCGUCGUAGAAGAGCCUAUUGAUGCCUCCAAUAGUACCACUUCUCGUUGCAACCAAUGCCAAUACGUCGGUUGGGGGAACGACAUGAUUUGCAAUAAGAAGUAUCAUUUUGUGCUGCCCUCGAAGGAAUCAAUGGUGGCAGCUUGUUUGAAUAGCAAAGGAGGAGGAGGGAGUAGUAAUUAUAGCGGUAAUAAGUCCAACAUUUUUGUGGAGUCAAGGGGCCAUGUCAUGCAUGGUGUGUUUCACUCCAAUGGCUUCGGCCAUUUGCUGUGCGUCAAUGGGCUCGAAACUGGUUCCGACUUGGCUGGUCACCACAUCCUUGAGUUUUGGGAUCGUUUGUGCACCGGCUUACGUGCAAGGAAAGUGAGUCUAAAGGACGUUGCCCAAAAGAAAGGCAUGGAGCUGAGGUUAACCCAUGGAGUGGCUUAUGGCGAGUCGUGGUUUGGAAGGUGGGGCUACAAGUUUGGCCGAGGAACCUAUUGUGUCACACAACUCAUGUACCAAAGAGCCCUUGAAGCCCUACGAGGCAUACCCUUAACACUUGUUAUCCACCAUUUAUGCACUUCGAGCCGGGACCUACCUCUAAUCAUCUCAAGGUAUCAAACACUUUCUGACCAUACUUUGACCACACUAGGCGACCUAUUCCAUUUCAUGUUAGAGCUCAAGUCUCGCCUCCCCAACGAAACUUCCAACACGGAGUCUUACAGCCCUGGAAUCUUGGUCGAAACGACAUGUCGUUGGUCUCCAAAAAGAGUCGAAAUGGCCACUAGGGUUAUCGUGGAAGCCUUGAAAAGAGCUCAGUUCAGGUGGGUUUCCAGGCAACAAGUCAGGGACGCCGCUCGUAACUACAUUGGAGACACUGGCUUAUUAGAUUUUGUUCUUAAAUCGCUUGGUAAUCAAAUUGUUGGGAAUUACUUGGUUAGACGAAGCUUAAACCCUGUCACAAAAGUUCUUGAGUAUUGCUUAGAAGACAUUUCGAACGUGUUUCAUGAUCAUCAUCAUCACGAAUGUAACGAUAAAAUGAAGUAUUCAAGGUACAAGAUCACAAGGUUUCAGCUCAUGAAGGACAUGUUCUAUUUGUACAAGUACAUUCUCAAAGACCAUAACAAUAUAAUUUGCUCCAAUGGAGGAGGGAGUAUUCUUUCAGCAAUUCCAGUGGCCGUAAGGAUUGUACUUGAUACUAAGUAUCUUAUCAAAGAGUACCACGAAGAUUUUUCUUCGAAACUGGAGUUGGGUUCGGAAGGAAAGUUUAACUUGUGCUGUACAGUUGUGUUGAAAGACAGUCAAAGCGAUGAGGGUAACUUAUUGGUCAACAAGUCAAUGAUGCCAUUGCCUCCAUAUGAGUGUGUGACUGUAAAAAACAAUGCCACGGUGGAUGAGUUGAAGCUUGAGGUGGAAAAGAACUUCAAAGAGAUUUAUUGGAGCUUGAGUAGCUUAGUUGUGGAUUCUAUUCAUAAUUUGAAUACAAAGGGAACCGAUUUGGCUCUUGGGGUGGUUUCUGAAGUUGGUCAGAAACUAAUUUUUGGUGGGAGUAUUAUUAGUAACAAAGAUGGUGGUAAUAAUAAUACUAAUUGUGAUGAUAUCAUUAAUUAUGAUAAUAAAGAAAGUGUUAUGGAUUGUCUUUGCGGGGCCAAAGAUGAUGAUGGAGAAAGAAGGGUAUCGUGUGACAUUUGUGAGACUUGGCAACAUACUCGUUGUGUUGGGAUUCCUAAUAGUGAACAUGUGCCACAUGUGUUUAUCUGCAGCCGAUGCGAGCAAGAGCUCGUUUUGUUGCCCAAUACUCUUCCUUAA